AAUUAAUGUAAGAACACACUUUAGUAAUAAAGACAGAGAACGAUUGGAAGGCCCUUGUUCUUUAAAAUGCAAAGCCAGUCAUUGUUGAUUUCUAUGCUGAUUGGUAUUUAGCAGUCUUUAACAUUUUAGGUGUGGUCCAUGCAAGGUUUUGAAACCCAAACUCCACGAACUCCUUGCAUAAAAUUAAGGAAAAUGGGAAUUAGCAAUCGUGAAUGUUGAUAUUGAAGAGUUAUAAAAGAUUUCAUCUUAAUAUGCAGUAUAGUGUUUAAUUAAUUAUUUAGAGUCAAGGAAUUCCAGCAGUUUAUUUAUUCCAUAAGGGUGAAUAAAUUUCUACCUUUUUGGGUAACAGCGAAGCAAAAGCUAAGGAUAUGGCUGCAAAGGCAGCAUCAUUGUGAGAAUC